GGCCGGACGCGCCGGGAGGAGCCGAGGAGGGGGCCGCGCCGGGGCCGGCGCCAGAGUCACGGCUUCGGUCUGAGGUGCCGACAGAGUACUGGACCCGCGGCGGGCCGGUGCACCCCUGCCUGCGCGCGCAGCCGCUACAAGUCCCGCAGGCCGAGACGCGGGCUGCUGCGCGAGGCGGGUGGGGUGGGCAGAGGGAGAUUGGGAGGGCGCGGGCGCCCAGUGCGCAGAGCAGGCGUGAGGCGGCCGGGGGCCGGGACGCCAUGUCCAUGGAGGACCCCUUCUUUGUGGUGAAAGGAGAGGUACAGAAAGCAGUCAACACUGCACAGGGAUUGUUUCAGAGAUGGACAGAGCUCCUCCAGGACCCAACCACAGCCACAAGGGAAGAAAUCGACUGGACCACCAAUGAGCUAAGAAACAACCUCCGGAGCAUAGAGUGGGAUCUAGAGGACCUUGACGAAACCAUCAGCAUAGUCGAAGCAAAUCCUAGAAAAUUCAACCUUGAUGCAACAGAAUUGAGUAUCAGAAAAGCCUUCAUCACAAGUACUCGGCAAGUCGUCAGGGACAUGAAGGAUCAGAUGUCAACUUCAUCGAUACAGGCUUUAGCUGAAAGGAAAAAUAGACAGGCCCUGCUAGGAGACAGUGGCGGGCAGAACUGGAGCACUGGGACGACGGAUAAAUACGGGCACCUCGACCGGGAGCUCCAGCUGGCCAACUCCCAUUUCAUCGAGGAACAGCAGGCACAGCAGCAGCUGAUCGUGGAACAGCAGGACGAGCAGUUGGAGCUGGUCUCUGGCAGCAUCGGGGUGCUGAAGAACAUGUCCCAGCGCAUCGGAGGGGAGCUGGAGGAGCAGGCAGUUAUGUUGGAUGAUUUCUCUCACGAGUUGGAGAGUACUCAGUCUCGGCUGGAUAAUGUGAUGAAGAAACUUGCAAAAGUAUCUCACAUGACCAGUGAUCGGCGCCAGUGGUGUGCCAUCGCCGUCCUCUUCGUGAUCCUGCUGGUCGUGCUGAUCCUCUUUUUAGUCCUGUGACGGCAGGGCUCCGCUGCUGCUUCCUGCCACACAUGAACACGGGGGAGAGGGAGAAAUCGCGCACGGCGUGCCCGCUCCUUGCCUCCUGCUCCUGGAAACACAGCCUGCGCUGACUUUUCUCUCUGUGACCCUGCCAUUGAGACAGCUCCUCCAUCCCGGCACGGGGCUGGCCGGUGAGAAGAGGAAGUUGACCACUGCACACUCCUGGCGCCACCGGCCCUGUUCCAAGGACAGCUGGCCCCAGCUUUGCCUCCCUGGACCUCGAUCCCCCUGGAGGGCCUUCAAGGAAUCCAGAAAAAUUCACAGACUUGGCUCCUGUUGGCUGUUGCUCAUUCCAUCCGUCUUUGGCAGCUCUUUUCUCCUGCUCAGACCCAUCCACUCCCACCAGCCGGCACACGCUGUCCCAUCCAAAAGCGCCCCGUCGGGGGUGUGGGCUCCUGUGUACGUUUCAAGUUCUGUCACAGCAGCAUCCCUUGGCCUCUGAGAGCUGGUGGUUGGUGGGGACAGAAGAUGCAGUGAUGGGGUUUUCAGGGACAAGUGCUGGGGUGAAAGUGCUCUUCCAGGUGUACUUCUUGUGGUAGGAUAACCAGUGGGAAGGAAUGGGAAGCACUGGGCUGCGGGGGCUGGCAACCUUGUGGCUUGAAUUAAAGGGAGGACAGGACAGCUUUGGAGGGUGGGCGAGGCUGCUGGGGUCAGGCCCUUGCCAGAUUCAUGCUGCUGUCCUGCAGCCUCCUCUCCAGAAGUGCAGCUUGCAUUUUGAGGGUGACCCUUAAAUGAGCAGCCCAGCGGCUCCUGUGGGUAGACUGAGAUCGCGAGGAGGUGUCGUUUGCGGUUACUUUAUUCCUGUGGCCCUGUGCCUGGGGGCUGAGGCCGUGGGCAGCCCUUUCAUCACAUUUUCAACUAUAAUGUCAAAAAAGGCUAAUUCUGGACCAUAUUUUUCUUAGCCUGUGAGUAAUUCCAAGGAUGGGUAGGUGAACUUGGUUCCAUUUUCCCUAAGAUGACAACUCGAUUUUAUCUUCCAUUUAAAUAACUGAGCCAAUCCAAAUUUAAAUGACAGAUGCUUUAAUUGGGUUUUAGUAACUGAAACUGCUGAGACACUAUACACUUCAAGCUUCUGAUGACUUUAAAAAUGCCUCCAGUGUACACAUGUAUAUGGGAUAUUUUUCUAACCUCCCUGAUGAAAACCCAAUAUUGAAGUAGCAGCUGAACACAGAGCCAGCGCUUGGCGGGUGGGGGAGGCUGCCUGCCUCCUGACUGUUGGCUUUUGCGCUUGGAAAGCAUAGCAACAUCUGGGUGGAGUUCUCGCUUUGACUUUUGUCUCCUCCUCCUUUGGGGCCCAUUCCUCAGCACGCUAACUUUUUUCUUGUUUUGUUGGUAUCUUGUUUUUUGUUUGUUUGUUAGUGUUGGGCUUUUGUCCAUGCCCCUUUUUUUGUGAUUUGCAAUGAUGUACUUGCCCAGCUAACCUUUGAAUUGCACUUUUUAAUAAAUAUUUGUAACAGUUUUUUAAAGAAAA